AUGUCCCGUCCUGAAGAUUUAGCCCCACCAGAAAUAUUCUACAAUGAUUCAGAAUCUAAAAAAUACACAUCCUCUACAAGAGUGCAACAUAUACAAGCGAAAAUGACUUUACGUGCCUUAGAACUACUAAAUAUCCCACCAAACAGUUUCAUCCUCGAUAUAGGUUGUGGGUCCGGUCUAAGUGGAGAAAUCCUUUCAGAAGAAGGUGAUCACAUGUGGUGUGGUAUUGAUAUUUCACCAAGUAUGUUAGCUACAGGUUUGACUCGUGAAUUGGAAGGUGAUCUUAUGUUACAAGAUAUGGGGACCGGUAUACCGUUCCGUGCAGGGACUUUCGAUGCCGCUAUAAGUAUUUCUGCUAUUCAAUGGCUUUGUAAUGCUGAUACGUCAUAUAAUGAUCCUAAGAAGAGAUUAAUGAGGUUUUUCAAUGGAUUGUUUGCAGCUUUAAAGAAAGGUGGUAAGUUUGUUGCACAAUUUUAUCCAAAGGAUGAUGAACAAAUUGAUCAGAUUUUACAAGCUGCGAAAGUUUCUGGGUUUAAUGGGGGGUUGGUUAUUGAUGAUCCGGAAUCUAAGAAGAAUAAGAAAUAUUAUUUGGUAUUAAGUUCAGGAGCUCCAAGAAAUGAUGAUAAUCAAGUCAAUUUGGACGGUGUUACAAUGGAUGCUCAAGAAAAUGAUCAAAGUGUAGCAAACCUAAGGAAAAAACAUAAGAGAGGGAAAAUUGUGGAAUCUUCUAAACAUUAUAUUCAAAGGAAGAAAGAGUUAAUGAAAAAACGUGGUAGAACAGUAGCAAAAGAUUCUAAAUUUACUGGUAGAAAGAGAAGACCCAGAUUUUAA